AUGGCGUUGAAAGGUCUAUUAGGUCGCAAGGCUUCGCCGUCCGACAACGCUAGCCAUAGCAGCAGCGACAAGGUUGCCAACGAUCGAGAGAAGAAUUACGACCCCGAGGCUGCCGCCGCAAAAGGAAUUCUUGCGCCUACCAACGAUGACAUUUCAGACGCCAGCAUCACGAUCGGCAAACAGAUUGAACUUGAGGCCAACAACGUUUUGAAAUACCGCACCUGUAGCUGGAAGAAGACCGCAGCUCUCUUGUUCUCAGAGUACAUCUGUUUGGCUAUCAUGAGUUUUCCGUGGAGUUAUUCGGUUUUGGGAUUGGUACCAGGUCUUAUACUCACAGCAGUGGUUGCGGGCCUUGUCCUUUACACAUCCUUGAUCACAUGGGAGUUUUGUAUGCGCCACCCCCAGAUUCGCGAUGUCUGUGACAUUGGCCAAAUGCUUUUCUGGAAUAAGAAAUGGGCAUUUUAUGCUACUUCAGUCAUGUUUGUUCUAAACAACGUCUUUAUCAUGGCUUUGCACUGUCUUGUGGGGGCCAAGUGGUGGAACACAAUCACUUCACAUGGCACGUGCACCAUUACAUUCGCUGCCAUCACCGCCAUCAUCUCGUUUGUGGCUUCUCUCCCCCGUACAUUUAACACUCUGGCCACAAUAGCAACCGGAUCCGCUUUGUUCACCUUCGUCUCCGUCAUACUCGCAGCUGCCUUCUCUGGAGUCGAUGGAAAACCCGCAGGUUACCCAAGUAAGGGAGAGCUCGAAAUCCAUGCUAUACCUCCAGCUGGAACCACCUUCGUCCUUGGAAUGAGCGCUUUCAUGAACAUUUCUUACACCUUCAUUGGCCAAAUCACUCUUCCCAGCUUCAUUGCUGAGAUGAGAGAACCCAAGGAUUUCCCAAAGGCGCUCUGGGCUGUCACCAUCUGCGAGGUCAUUGUCUUUUCUCUCGUGGGAGGUGUCGUAUAUGGAUACACGGGCACAAAUUACAUGACCUCUCCGGCAUUUGGCUCAAUCUCCAACGAAGUCUACAAGAAGGUGUCAUUCACGUUCAUGGUACCUACUAUCAUCUUCCUUGGUGUCUUGUACGCUUCCGUAACCGCCCGAUUCGUGCUCUUCCGCAUCUUUGGACCUACAUCACGACACAGGACUGACCAUACCGCCGUUGGCUGGCUCACGUGGACCGGAAUUCUCGCAGUCAUCUGGGUCCUGGCUUUCAUCAUUGCCGAAGUCAUUCCGUUCUUCUCCGACUUGCUCUCCCUCAUGAGCUCGCUCUUUGACUCUUUCUUUGGCUUCAUUUUCUGGGGCGCUGCUUACUUUCAGCUUCGCUCGGAAAAGUACGGCCCAAGGUACUGGAGGACACGUGGGCUCCGCGGAUAUUUUGGAUUUUUCUUCAACAUCUUGCUGUGUCUUAUUGGUCUGCUGUUCCUUACUGCAGGGACCUAUGCUACGGUUCAGUCGAUUAUUGACGGUUAUAAGGCGGACGGGUUUGGUGGCCCGUUCACGUGCGCCGAUAAUGGCUUGUGA